AUGGCAAAGAAUGAGUCACAGUGGCCGCCGCCUCCACCUGAUCCAAUGGCAAAAGUCAUUGAAAUGUUUCAACAACUCUCUGCUGAUCAAAAAGCUAUUAGUGAGAGGAGAAGUGCUGAAAGGGCACAACAAAGAACCCCUACAGCACCACCUACCUUUGAGGAGCAUGUAAGAUCUUAUUUCAAUGGUGAUCUUGAAGUACCCCGUCGACGUACUGAUGAUUCACAAAAAGUCAAGCUUGAAUUAAAAGAGUUCAACGGAAAGCAUGAUCCACAGGACAAGCUGAAUACUCUUCGUCAAGGGAGUAUGUCCUUUGCAGAGUAUAUGGAGCAGUUUGAUUCACUCUAUUCAUGCAUUGGCAUCAGGGAGAAUGAAUUACAGGUACUUUCCCGCUUUCGUUUGGGUUUGAGAUCUGAUAUAAAUUGUGCUAUUGGCGUAGUAGAUGUAUCCAAUGUCAGGGAAUGCUUCGAGAAGGCAGUACAUGCAGAGGAGUUACUAGCUCCUACGGGUAGAAGGUUUGGAUAUCAAGCUAGAGAGAUCACAAAAAAAUUUUCAGCAAAGAAUCCUACUUCUUAUCCUCCACGUACCGCACCUUCUUCACGUGUUGAUCACAAGGGAAAAACACCGAUGCCUAGCACUGCCACAGUGCAAUGCUUUCAUUGUCAGGAGAGGGGACAUUAUGCCAAAAAUUGUCCUAUACGUCAAAAAGUAGCAGUGAUGAUUGACGUUGACGAUACUCCUAAUGAAGAUAAUUCCCAUAUCUUUCCAAUCCCAUUGGAAGAAGAAGACAAAAAUGUUGAUUAUUAUGAUGGGGUUGAAGCAAAUGAAGAUGACUCCUAUGAAAUUCAUGUGGCUUCUCGCAUGUUGGUGGCUGAAACCAAAGGCGAGGAUUGGCGACGUACAUGCAUAUUUUACAGCCGCAUGCGUUCAGCUGAUCGCACUGUACAGGUGAUAGUUGACAGUGGCAGCUGCGUUAAUGUUGUCUCUGAGUUGUUUGUGAAGAAAACACAUUUGAAGGUAGAGAAACCCCCGCAGCCUUACAAAGUAUCCCUAUUGAAUGGCAAUACUUUGGUGGUCAAUCAGCGAUGUUCUGUUCCAUUACAACUUUCUCGAUAUGAAGAAAAGGUAUGGUGUGAUGUUAUUCCUAUGAAGCUAAUUGAUGUUCUUUUAGGGAGACCAUGGAUGUAUGAUAAUGAUGUUCUCAGUGGCGGAAAGAAGAAUCAAUGCAUAUUUACCUUUAAAGGGCAGCGCACUAUACUUGAGCCUAUCAAUGUACCAGAGGAGAUUCGUAAGAGACAGACAUUGAGGACUAACCAGAAAGCCACCACCGAUACCAACAAGAUGUUGGCCCUUCCACAGAAGAAGAUCUUAGCUGUUCUACAAAAGCAGUUUGAGCGAACCAGCCAUGAUACAGGCAUGAUAUUAGCCCUGGUUACUAGAGAGGUCACUCCACCACCAACAAUUCAGCUCACAUGGCCUAUUAGAGAGCUUCUAACAGACUUUUCUGAUUUAGUAUCUGACGAGCUACCUAAUGAGCUCCCUCCCAUACGUGAUAUUCAGCAUGCUAUUGACUUGGUACCUGGUUCUGUGCUUGCCAACAUUCCAGCUUACUGUCUCAGUCCUACAGAACACACUGAGCUCAAAAGGUUGGGAGGUGUGGUGAUACAAGAAGGGCACCCUAUCGCUUUCUAUAGCGAGAAACUCAACGAUGCCAAGCGACGCUACUCGACUUAUGAUUUGGAGCUCUAUGCUGUCAUCCAAAAGUCAAUCAGUCAGAAGCAUGCAAAGUGGGUUGCUUACCUACAAGAGUUCGUCUUUGCGAUGAAAUACAAGGCUGGUAAAGAGAACACGGUGGCUGAUGCUUUAAGCCGAAAAGUUCUCACUAUCAAUACUUUUUCAGUACAUACCGUUAGUAUUGAUCAGAUACGUGAUGAGUACGCAUCUGAUAAGGAUUUCAGAGUCCUAUAUGUAGAGUUACAGCAAGACUCCUCCCUACGACAUCACAUCAUAAGGGAGUUACACGGAGGAGGUUUGGGAGGCCACUUUGGCAAGGACAAGACCAUCAUACAGGGGGCUGAUCGGUACUACUGGCCACACAUUGCAAAAGACGUAGAUCAUGUCAUCAGAAGGUGUCAAAUCUGUCAACUUGCUAAGGGGACCAAGCAGAAUACAGGCCUCUACUCCCCACUAUCGGUUCAUCAUGCACCUUGGCUCGACAUUAGUAUGGAUUUUGUACUUGGGCUGCCACCUACAAGAGAACGUACUAUUGUCUCUGAUCGUGACAUCAAGUUUAUGAGCUAUUUCUGGAAGACAUUGUGGCUGAAAACUAACACAAAGCUACAGUUUUCAACUGCAUUCCAUCCACAAACUGACGGUCAGACGGAGGUUGUUAAUAGAAGUUUGGGGAACUUGUUGAGGUGCUUAGUCCGAGAUUAUGAGAAGACAUGGCCAGCAAUCCUUGACAUAGCUGAGUUUGCCUACAAUAGCUUAGUGAACAGGACAACGGGGCGCACACCAUUCGAGAUAUUACUUGGAAUUCAGCCGCAGCGCCUAAUUGAUCUUGUUCCACUCCCACCCCAGGCUCGAAUCAACCUUGAAGCUGAUGAAUUCUUGCGCCACAUCACAGAGGUGCAUGCAAACGUGCGACGACGUAUUGCCUUAAGUAAUGAUGUCUACAAGACUAUAGUUGAUCGUCAUCGACGUUAUGUGGAGUUUAAACCAGGAGGCAUGGUUAUGGUUCGCAUAAAUCUUGAGAGGUUCCAACCUGGUGUUAAUACAAAGCUCCAUCCAAAGAAGAUGGGUCCCUAUAAGGUGCUGAAACGUGUAGGACCAAAUGCUUAUGUGCUCGAAUUACCUGAGGAAAUGACCAUAAGCGAUGUCUUCAAUGUAGCUGACCUACAUCUUUAUAUGGGACAUCAUUCAGAUGAUGGUGACCUAGAACAAAUGCUAAGGCUGCCCCAACUUACACCACCUCUUGAAGAUGUUAUUGAAGAGGUUUUGGAUGAUACUUACAAAACCACUCGUCGUGGCACCGGUUAUCACACUUUUCUUGUCAAAUGGAAGGGACGACCACGGACUGAUUGCACUUGGAUUCAUGCUGAUGACUUCAAGCGACUUGAUCCUGACUUAUAUGAGCAUUACAUGUCUUUCACCCAUUCGUCGGAGACGAAU